GCCGUGUGUGGUGGCGUAGUGUUGUAGGCUAAACGAUGAUGGCAGCCGUGGGUUGACACCGAUGCAUUUCAGAAUAUAAACUAUUUAAAAGUUGGCGGAAAGCCCCCGACACUGUAACGUGAAGAAACUUGAAGUUUUAACAUUGUAAUCGCUUCAAACACACACUCGCUGGUCCGGGGAACGUGGCACUAUGCCCGCAGCUACUGUGGAUCACAGCCAAAGAAUAUGUGAGGUUUGGGCCAAUAACCUGGAGGAGGAGUUGAAGAGGAUCAGACAUGUCAUCCGCAAAUACAACUACAUUGCUAUGGACACAGAGUUUCCUGGGGUGGUGGCGCGGCCGAUCGGAGAGUUCAGGAGUAACGCGGACUAUCAGUACCAGUUAUUGCGCUGCAACGUGGACCUGCUCAAGAUUAUCCAACUCGGACUCACAUUUAUGAAUGAACAGGGCGAAUAUCCACCAGGAACAUCCACAUGGCAGUUCAAUUUUAAAUUCAACCUCACAGAGGACAUGUACGCGCAGGACUCCAUUGAGCUUCUCACCACUUCAGGGAUUCAGUUUAAGAAGCACGAGGAUGAGGGAAUAGAGACUCUGUACUUCGCAGAACUGCUCAUGACGUCUGGGGUUGUAUUGUGCGAUGGAGUCAAGUGGCUGUCCUUUCACAGUGGGUAUGACUUUGGAUACCUGAUAAAGAUCCUGUCCAAUGCGAAUCUUCCUGAGGAGGAGGUGGACUUCUUUGAGAUUCUGCGUUUAUAUUUUCCUGUGAUCUACGACGUGAAGUAUCUCAUGAAGAGCUGUAAAAACCUAAAGGGUGGUUUGCAGGAGGUGGCGGAGCAGUUGGAGCUGGAGAGGAUUGGGCCUCAGCAUCAGGCUGGCUCUGACUCUUUACUCACAGGAAUGGCUUUCUUUAAGAUGAGAGAGAUGUUCUUUGAGGAUCAUAUCGACGACGCUAAGUACUGUGGUCACUUGUAUGGGCUCGGCUCUGGCUCUGCCUACGUCCAAAACGGGACAGGAAAUGCCUAUGAAGAGGAAGCCAACAAGCAGCAAUCGUGACCCCUCCCCCCUCUUAAUUUCUCCAUCCUCCAUUGUCAUGACAACAAUCAACGCUGAGCCCAAAAUGUGACAUAAAAAAACAUCAAUGGGUUGUUUAGCCAGCUGUUGAAGUGAAUUUAAGGUCAAAUUUGGGUUAAAAAGAAUCUAAAUCGUCAACCCAUAGGCAGCCUGUAUAUGAGAGUCUGCUAGUCUUUUAUUCCUAUGAAGCAGCAUAGAUGGUCUGGUUCGUUCAGUUAAAUUUGCUUGGGGAAAAAAGAUGGGGAUUUUAGUUUUCCUAAAAUGUUCUGUAGAUUUUUGCACUUUAAAACUAACCUGAUUUUAUAAGGAAAGCUCAAAUAUCUCAAAUGGCGUGUCUCUCCUCUUUGUUGCCUUCUGAAUCUUUGCUAUUUUUUACAUUGUGUGGUUUUGUCUCAUUGUACCGUCUACACCUCAUCACCGCCAAGUUCAGCCUUAUAACAAGCUAAUAAUAUCUUUUAAAAUGCUAAUUUAUUAACACAUGUCAGAAAGCUCCUUCAUUUUGCAGUGGGAAAUGGGGCGCCCAGUGAAUGUCUUCUUUACAUGCAAAAUACUGUUUAUUUGUUUGUGUUCAUACAUAUCAUGUUAUUGUUUAAAAAUAUGGGGAAAAUAAGUAUCAAUGUAGCAUGAUGUUAAACAAGCUAGCACUAUCGUACCUAAACUUAAGCUCUGCCAAUAUUCAAAGUAUGAACAGAUUUCUUCAAAAGUUUGGACAUAUAUUUUACUGGUUUUCAAAAAGGGGUUGAGGAGCCAUUGUUGGUAUCUACAAGACUUGUCCGUGUCAAAGUUAUAAGUUACUUUUAAUUUGAAGUUUUAUUCCUGUUCAAAUUCAGCAUUUCAUAAUAAAUCUGUAUAGACCAUUGUUUAGGCCUCUUUCAGUCUAGGAUCAGAUCUUUUUGGUUUAGUCCUGGUUUGGUUCUGUUUUGUCGGUGCUUAGUUCUAUUGUCCUGGUUUUGGGGUUUGGCCCAGUUAAAUAAAACCAGACUUUGUCCUGUUUUAGUUUGUUUAUCCUUUGUUUGUAAUAAUGUUGAUUUAAAAUAUCACAAUAAUUUUAAUAAGGUGAAAAAUCAAAAUUUAUGAAAAGUUAGAAUUGGCCUUUGAAAAUAAAAAAUUGUGUCCAAACUUUUGACUGAUGCUGUAGAUGCAUACCAGACCAUAUUUUAAAUUGGACAAACUAAAGUCUUCAGAUUUUACAGACCAUCUUAUUAAAAACAUUGUCAAGCUGCAAUGAUGUUAAAUCACAACUACUCCUGUUCUGCGAGUAUAGUUUUGUUUUAUUUGUAGCAUUUUAAGGUUGUAAUAAAAGAAAAAAAACACUUUUAUUGAAUGUAAAAGAAACCGCUUUGCUUUUAAAUACUUCAUUACGUUUAGGUUUUGUGGUAUACUUCCUUUAUUACUCCAUGCUGCAUACUUGAGCCGCAUGUACUGAAACAUUUGAUGAUAAAUGCAGUGUUGGGCUUGUCUUGAAUUGUAGGUUGAAGUAUCUGCAGAUUUGUCCCUUAAUGGUAAUAAUAUAAAGGUUUAGCAUCUCACUCUUUGUUUCUGCAGCACGACACACUGUAAACAGGAAUAUGCAAUAUACCUGAGGGUUGUUUUUAGGUUAUUUUGUAAAUAAAGGCUUCAAACUUU